CAAAUGCAGUGUUGAAUUGGCUGUACAAAACGAAAGACGUAAAAUUUGAAACUUGAUAAAGAAUGCAGAUAUUUUUUAGAACAGUUCCUAUUCAUUUGUGGUUCUUAACAAUAUGGAGUGUAUCCAAAAUAAUUCAAUAUAUUUUUAAUCAGCAACAAACAGUGUGGGAAAUGAUAUGGCAGAGAAGCAUAGAUUAUUAUGAACAAGAUAAAUACAAACUAUUCGAAUAUGGAAUAUUAGUGACAUCAACUGCCACAAGUGUCAUAGUCUUAUCAAUCUAUUCCUUCUUUGAUUUUACACAAAAGCCAGCUUUUAUUCGCAAAUAUAAAAUCAAUCCAAAUACAAAUGAGCCACCGGAUUCUACAAAGUUUAUUAAGGUCAUUAGUUACAGUGUUAUAAAUGUUAUCUUGGCCGUUAUACCAACUACUCUUCUAGCAUAUUAUGGACUUAAAUGGAGAGGAAUACCUAGCCUUUAUCCCUUACCAAAUAUUCUCACUGUCCUAAUCACAUGUUUCAUAAAUGAUCAUAUCUUUGAUGUUAGUGCUUAUACUACUCAUCGCAUCAUGCAUCAUAGGCUGCUUUACAAGCACAUCCAUAAAAUACAUCAUGAAUAUAAAUCGACAAUUGCAGUUGCAGCCUUUCAUUCACACCCAGUUGAACAUUUACUUGUUAAUUUACUUCCUUUAGUUCCGGGCAUAGUAAUUAUGAAGUGUCAUAUAGCAACAGCUUGGAUAUAUCUUAUAGGUCACAUGCUAUCAUCGUUUAUAACUCAUUCUGGUUAUCAUUUGCCGUUCUUAAAUUCGCCUGAAUAUCAUGAUUUUCAUCAUAUGAAAUUCGAGUGCAACUACAGCGUUUUGGGUCUAAUGGAUUGGAUAUUUGGAACAGAUAAAUUAUUUAAUAAUACAAUUUAUCAUAAACGUGAUAAGAUUUUGUUUUCUUUAAAAUCAGCACAUGAAUUGUAUCCUAAAGAAGAUGGAAAAGUUGUAAAAACUCAAUAGAAAUUUCUUUUAACACUCUUGACGUCAAUUUUUUGGUGGUUCGAAAAUGAAAUUUUUUAAUGGAAGCGCCAAACAGCAUAUGAUUCUCUUACUUCUUAAAUAUUUGAUUCUCUCUACAAGCCUACUUUUUGA